CCUACGUGCUGAGCGACGCCUCCCGUGUGUACAUCCCAUGCAACCAGUGCUCUCGCGUGGUCGUGAUGGCGCGUGCCAUGUAGGCUACUUUACAUAUAGGAGUCGAUCUGGAUAAGACGUCAAACACAAGGCGACCUAACAGGUGCAGGGCCGAUCCAAGUCGGAGUCUUUAAUAUCGCAGUUUACGACGUAUGAGUCUCUGACGAGUUGUUGUGAAGCUAGGUGCUAACUUUAGCUUAGUUGCUAAACUGGUAACGUAACGUCUGUUCUUUAUGGUAACUAAAAUAACAAGUGACUUGUGCUAUUGCUGUAUGUGUUUUGCGUUCGGUGUCAAAAAACGUGGUUAGUUCCAAAGUGUAGCGGAUGACUUGUAAGGUCACCAGACCCACUCUGAUUGUGACCUUCUUUGACAGCUGUGGGUGGGUGUGUGUGUGUUUGGUUCGUCUCCCCGCAUCUCGUGUGUUGUUGAGGUAGAACAAGUUUAGAUAAACAACUCAAAAAGCAUUCAUGAAUUCUCCCAGGCCAACAGUGAGGCUCUCUAACUGACUACUACUAAUACUUUCUAGAUGUAACACAGCUGAUGCUUCCACAUAACUGUCACAAAAUGACCCGUCCAUCCCUGCUCAACUUCUUUUGCGCUGGGAAUCGAACCAUUGAACUUCUAUGCGGACGCGCCUCUGCGCGUCGCCCGCAUUCAUCACACACAAUGCGAAGCGUCGUUUCGCGACCCGCUUCUGGAUUCAGACCGUCAAAGGUGGCGGUGGUGACAAAGACCACCCGCUGCGAGUUCGAGCAGCAGCGGUAUCGCUUUGCAGGGUUGUCUGAGGUCGACUUGAAACAGCUGCUUGCCAUGAAGGGGUCCAGCUACAGUGGUCUUCUGGAAAGACACACCAUCCACACUCGAAAUGUGGAGCAUAUUGUGAAGAGUUUGGAAAAAGAAGGCAUUGAGGUGCGAGUUGUGCGCAGAGGGGAAUAUGAUGAAGAAGUGGUGCGAUGGGCCGACGCCAUAAUUUCUGCAGGAGGUGAUGGGACAAUGCUACUGGUUGCCAGUAAAGUUUUUAGCAAGGACAAACCAAUUCUUGGAGUAAACACAGACCCUGAGAGGUCUGAGGGGCACCUGUGUCUGCCUGUCCGCUACACCCAUGCCUUCCCAGAGGCCUUGGAGAGACUUCAGCGGGGAGAUUUCAGGUGGCAGUGGCGCCAGAGGAUCCGGCUGCACCUGGAGGGAACGGGCAUCAACCCCACCCCUGUGGACCUCCACGAGCAGCAGCUGAGUCUGGAGCAGCAUCACAUGGCCCACCGCAUCACCACCUUGGAGAGACGCAGAGAAAGUGGAGCACAAGACGACAGCUUCUCGGAGCCCAAUCUCCUUCCUGUCAGAAGUCUGAAUGAAAUCUUCAUCGGAGAGUCUCUAUCCUCCAGGGCUUCCUACUAUGAGAUCUCAGUGGACGACGGGCCGUGGGAGAAGCAGAAGAGCUCUGGUCUCAGCAUCUGCACAGGGACAGGAUCUAAAGCCUGGUCAUAUAAUAUCAACAAACUGGUCGAACAAUCUGUUGAGGAUCUUCUCAAAAUAGGAAAGUCACAAACUGGGCUUGACAUCCCACUUGAUCCCGGAUUCAUUGAAAAAGUGACUGAGGAGUAUAACCAGUCUCUGGUGUUCAGCCCUGAGGACAAGCGGCUGUUCUUCAGUAUCCGCGAGCCCAUCGUCAACAGAGUGUUCUCCAGUAUUCGCCCCAGAGGAUUUGCCAAAAAAGUGUGUGUGCGCUCCCGAUGCUGGGACGCCUGCAUGGUGGUUGACGGCGGCACGUCCUUCGAGUUUAACGACGGCGCAAUAGCAACGAUCAGCAUGAGUGACGACGACCAGCUGAGAACCGUGGUCCUCUAGAAGUAUGCACUGCCGUAGGAUUGAUGUAAUCAUUUAUGGGUUGGUGUUUGGGGGCAUAAAGGGAAUUACACAUGCACCCAUUAACAGAUAGCUAACAAAUGUGUUUUUACCGUAUUGCACUGGUGUUCCUUGUGGACGCUCUUUUUCUUUCCUUCACGCCAUCCUUUAGUUUCUAUAGCAGUGUCGCACAAUCAUUUUUCAGUUUUAAUUUUUCCAGACAAAUCGUUUGGACAAGAAGAGGGAACGCUAAUGAAUAUGUAAAUAAGAAUUUUGUGUGAGAUUUUGUAUGAUUGGAUAUCAAGAAAAGGCUUGUUUUGAACUGCUGCUAAUGAUGAUCCAUUUCUGAGACUUUCUUUGAGAACAUGUUUUAAAUUGAAUCGUUUUUUUCGGGAGUUGCAACGCUUAAGUGUGCAUUCAAAGGUCAAGCUGUCAGUGCCAAUUUUUCUAUAACCGACUGAGGUAAAUAUGCUAUGGCUUGUUGGCUGUUGAUUUGAAAGUGAUUUUAAGCUAUUCUAAUCAAAUGAUUACAAAAAGGAAUCCAGAACCGACAAAUUUAAUUUACGUGGUUAUAUAUAUUUUUCUCCCUGCAAACCAUGUGAAGAGUAAUACUACCCAACCAAAAAUGAAUCGCUUUCCUAUUCCUCA